CUCUAUCAGGUAGGUAUUUUAGUUGUGAGUUAAGUAGGUAUUAAACAAAUAAAGUAAAGUUAACAGUCAUAUUAUUAUUCAUUCUAUAAUAUUUAUAGAAGUAGGUACAUCAAGUAUAUAGGCAGGUAGCUACAGUAAUAAAAUACAUUGUUCGAUAAAAAUUCAAGACUUGGCCGAAAAUAAUCAUCAAAUCUACAGCUGAAGUCACGGCUAGAUAUUUACUUAUUUAAUAAACAUGAAAGUGAAUACAUAACACUGAUUGUGUUAUCGGAAGAUAAUGCUAUAUUAUUGCGAAGACAGGUACCUAAUGUUUAUAUAAUUACAACAACACUACGGUUAAAUUAAGUCAUGCAAGAAAGUUGUUGAAGUAAUCAUCUUAAUACCUAUGCAGCUUAAGUAUUAUUUAUUGUGCACAGCACAAUACAUUUAACUUACCUACAAACAAACAACCGAACAGUGGCAAGUAAUACCAGCGCAAAGGAAGAACAAACAAGUAUACCUAAUCUUAUUCCUCAUUAACUUCGCUUCAAAAAUUCAUUUUUAAAUUAUUCUAAAAUGAUGUCAUUUACAGUCAUACGGAGGUGUACUGUUGUUAUUUAUUUUUUCUCUAUGUGUUGGUCGUGUUAAAACUCGUGUUCAUGAGACGGCUUUCUCUGUUUCGAUUAUUUACUAUUUGGUACAUCACUAUUGUAACAGAUGAGUGUUGCCAGGUUAAUUUUAUGGAGACAAGAAAAUACUUUCCAACCGUAUUUCCAACAAUGCAUAAAGAAUUGUGGAAAGUGCCAAAGUUGCAUCUCGCGUCAUCCAUGUUUGUUAUGAUUUUUCUCCUUUCACUUAGAACUGUGGCAAAUUUAGUAAAAACUUUGAAUAACUGUGGACAACUUUGAAUAAACUGUUUUGUUUUGAUAUUCGUUGUGAAUCCCAUUCUUUUGGUAUGUUUUACUGUAAUUUAUUCCCUAUCAUUUUAAUAAGAUCAAUGGGUUUUGUUUGCAGAAGUUUUACUUAAAUGACUAUUAAAUAUCCUAGAAUGUGUGUUUACAAAUGAAUCAUUUCCUUAAAAUAUUACAGUCGCACCAUAUCACAAAACACCGACCAACAAAACGUUUGUUACGUUUAAUUUUUUUUCAAAACUUCCAGAUAAACAUACAAUGGACCCAUUACACCAAGGCCACCACCACACCAACGGCCAAGUCCUUCCUCACAUAGUGCAAGUAUACGAGUCGGCUGCAGACAACGACAAGCUGCAAGACUCACAGAUCAUCCACAUCACCCCUGCGCUGCCGUCCCAAGGAGCACACUUGACGUUCCAGCCGCUUGGACACAACUUGAAUGUACCUGUGUCUGGUCACAAUGCUACUCUGCCUCAAGACAUGCACAUGCAGCAUCACCCGGAGGACGUGCUCGUGCAGCACCUGUCCCUGACGCAGAUGCUGGGCACUGAGAUGCACAUCGGACAGCAUAUAGUGCUGCCGCAGCACCACGUGGUGUUGAAUGCAGUGCCGGGGCAAUACUACGGGCAGUUCGAGGCGUUCCACAAGGAAGCAUCCCCGGGCGCGGUCGCCAAGCUCGAGCCUGAGGUCACGCUGGUGGUGGACAACAAGCUGAUUGAUUACAAGCAAGAAUCACUGCAAUCACAAGACGUCAACGUGCCCUGCCUCGACGUUCUCUCCACCAAGAAGAAAACACAUCGCAGUCCCAUACGGAACCCUGACAAGUGGGCCUGCAAUCUACGCAAACUCAAGCACCAGCGAGGCGAAGCCUACAUCAGUAGACGGGGCAAGUACGUCCCCCCAAAACAAGUGAGGACUACCAAAGACUGCCUCAACACUUGCAAGUACAAGUGUAGUACUAUGAUAACGGAUGCGGAUCGGGAGCAUCUCUUCAAAGCGUACUACUCCUUGAGUUCCAACGAAAAGAAACACUUCUUGCUCAACACGACAGAACGGUCGCAAGUCAAACAUUCCAAAAAGGAUGGCGAGAAUCAGAAAAGGCGGUAUUCGUUUAGGUAUUUCUUUCUAGUCAGAGCGGUUAGGUACGCGGUGUGUAAGCAUUUUUACUUAGGUACUCUAGCUAUCUCUCAGAAACCUGUGUAUAAUGUACAUUUAGGGAAAUCGGACUGGAAUAUCCCUAAGCCAGACGGUAGGGGGUUGUCUGAAGCGAGCGCGCACACGUUGCCUUCGGAAAUUAAAGAUAGAGUUCGAAAGCACAUACAAUCGUUCAAAACUAUAGACGAAAAACCUAUUGAGCAUAGUCAGAAGAAGCAAUAUUUAGGUGGUAAUGUUAGUAUUAAACAUAUGUUCAGAAUGUACGCAGAGCAAUGUCGAGUGGAAGGAGUGGAGAGUGUGAAAGAGUCAAUGUAUAGGAAGAUAUUGAAGAAUGAGUUCAAUCUACAGUUCAAAAGAGUUAAAGUGGAACAGCAGUUGUGUUGUAAAUGUAAAGGACCUGUUAAAAAAAAGUGAUAUGAUAAGAUAUAUAUUAUAGAUAGUCGUGUAAUAAAUUAAUAACAAAUUUAGAUUUAAUUAUGUACGUUCAAUAAUUUUCCGUCCAUGAUGUAAUAAGUGUUGAUAUAAAUUUUGUUAAAAAUGUGGAGUGGUCGUAUGCACUAUAGAUAUGUAAAAAUAAGCAUUGACUGUGUUAUAUAUACUGCCAUAAAAAUAACAUCUGUAGAUAAGUAAAGAAGAGACAAACUAGUGAAAAUAAUAUAUUAUAAUUUGUUAUAAAAAAUAUACAAAUCUUUUAUUAGUUUUUUUGGUGGAAAGGUAAAUUUUGUAGAGCUGGGUAAAAUAUCUGUACUUAAUCUUGUAGCCGAUUCUAAGAGCACCUCAUUUUAUUUUUUUUGCAAUAUAUAAAAAAUAUAGUGUACCUAUGUAAAAAAAACGAAUUUAGCUACUUUAUAAUAAAUUGGUGCCUUUAGGGGUCGCUAUGCCAAGUUUACCAAGUAAAAUAAUGAAAAAGUGAAAUGAAACAACAGAUAAUAUUAUUUUAUAGAUCACUGUAAUCUCAAAAUACCUUAGUGGAUACAAAAAACUAACCACCGCAAGUAUCUAUAUUCAUCGUUUCCUAUGUUCUGGGCAAGAUAGGUAAAAAAAACAUGUAUUUAUUAGCUAGACACAAUCCUGAAUUCCAUGAAAACUA